UCACAAAAUGUUUAACAAAUCAGAUUAUGAGAGUUACUUUGUCUAUCCACAUUAUGAGCAACGUCCAUUCAUUCCCUUUGAUGCAGGGCAAUGCAUAAACAACUUUAAACCAUGGUCAUUUACGUAAUUUCAUAACCCACGUAUUUCUACUUUUGUUAUCAUUUUAGUUUUUAUAAAAUUGAAAAAAUUAAACCGGGAAAGAAAAAGAAAAGACGAGAGAGAGAGAACGAGGGUGACCACUCUGGGGAAACACCAUAACCCCAUUUCUUUUGUUUUUUUGAUAUAUAAAAAAGAAUUUGUUGUGUUAAAAAGUUGAAGACUUUGUGGAGAAGCAAUCCUAUUCCUACCCAGUGAAGAAGAAGAGAACCAGAAUCGAUCUGUGGUCUCUCUGUUUAGUCUCUCCCAUAGCAAUGCCCGAGUUUUAGCAACCAACAACAAUUCUCAGCUUUUUUUUUUUUUUUUUUUUUCUGGGUUUCUUUUGAAGACGCUCUUCUGCGGCAACAAUGGCGUCCAGAACCAAAACUGGUUUAAUGGAGACUCCUCGUAGCAAACCAUCACCACCAACACCAAGAGUGAGUAAACCAACUGGGACUAAAUCCGAUGGCAAUUCGCCGUCUCCGGUGCACAGCACUCGUCUUUCACUAGACCGUUCGCCACAAACUGUUAACUCUAAGCCUGUUUCUGAUCGUCGGAGUGCAAGGGUUCUUACUCCACCUGAGAAAUCGCAAUCACGGUUAGGGAAGGGAACUGAGCUACUGGCUCAACUGAUUCAAAUUCAGGAGGAUUUGAGGAGAGCUAAUGAACAAAUAGAAAGGCUCAAGAAAGAUAAAUCUAAAGCUCUUGAUGAUCUUAAAGAAUCUGAGAAACUGACUAAAGAAGCCAAUGAGAAACUUAGAGAGGCAUUGGCAUCUCAACAGCGUGAGGAGAAGAGUUCUGAGAUUGAGAAAUUCCGAGCGGUUGAACUAGAACAGGCGGGAAUUGAAGCGGUUCACAAAAAGGAAAUCUCUUGGAAGAAAGAAGUUGAGUCUAUUAGAAGCCAGCAUGCUUUGGACAUCUCAGCUCUUCUCUCUACCACUGAAGAGCUUCACAGGAUUAAACAAGAAUUGGCUAUGACCGCUGAUGCUAAAAAUAAGGCUCUCAGUCAUGCUGAGGAAGCGACUAAGAUUGCUGAAAAUCAGGCUGAGAAGGCGGAGAUUCUUUCUUCUGAAUUAAGCCGCUUAAAAGCAUUGGUUGGUUCAGAUGAACAAAAGAAUACUAUUGAAGGUGAUGAGCUUGUGUCUAAACUGAAGUCUGAACUUGAGAUGUUGAGAGGGAAGCUCGAGAAAGUUAGCAUCCUCGAGAAUACGCUGAAGGGUCAAGAAGAGUCCAUUGAACAGCUCCACGUUGAUCUUGAAGCUGCUAAAAUAGUUGAAUCCUGUGCUAAUAACUUAGCAGCAGAGUGGAAGACCGAGGUUGAUAAACUUGAAAAACAAGUUGAAGAAUCAAAGGAGUUUAAGAUAUCUGCUUCAGAAUCUUUAGAUUUAGCUAUGAAGCAGCUGGAAGAAAACAGUCAUGCACUUCAUAAGGCAGAGUUGAGUAAUGCUGCGUUAAAAGAAAAGGUUGAGUCGCUGAUGACGACGAUUGGAAGGCAGGAAAAAGAUCUUGAAGAAUCUAAACGCCAGUUUUGCAUUUCAAAAGAAGAAACUUCUAAGCUUGAGAAGCUUGUUGAGUCAAUAAAAUCUGACCUUGAAACCACCCAAGAGGAAAAGUUUAGAGCUUUGGAGAAUGAAAAGACUGCAACAUCACAUAUUCAUAACCUAUUGAAUGAAAAGACAGAACUUGCGACAGAGUUGGAAAACUGUAAGAAGGAAGAAAAGAAAAGCAAGAAAGCUAUGGAAGGCUUAACUUUGGAUUUGCAAGAAGUAUCUGUUGAAGCAAGGGAAGCAAAGGAGAAGCUCUUAACAUGUCAAGCGGAGCUCGAACAUUGUGGAACCCAGAUUGAAAGUUUGAAGUUGGCUGAGAAAGAUACAAGUGAAAAGCAUGGAAAAAUGCUUGAAGAUGCAAGAAACGAGUUUGAUGACCUGAAAAGUAGUUUGGAAAACACACAGAAUGAGUUUGUCAAUUCUAAGACUGAAUGGGAACAGCGAGAACUUCAGUUGACGCUAUGUGUGAAGAAAUUAGAAGAUGAAAGUUUCUCUGUGCAGGAAGAACUUAGCAAAGUGAAGAAUUUGCUUAAUCUUAAGGAAGUUGAGGCGUGUGCAGCAAAAGAAGAAGAAGCCAAAAUGAAAACUAAUCGUAAGGAACUUGAGGAGGAGGUUAAGGAUAUGCAGGAAAGAGUUGAAGAAGCGAAAGCUGAAAGGAUGAAACUUAAAGAAAGCUUGUUGGAGAAAGAAGACAAACUAAAGACCGCUGCUACAGAAAACAGAAAACUCAGAGAAAUGGAGGUUUCUUCUCUCGAAAAGAUCGAUGAGUUGUCAAAGGUGAAUGAAAGCUUGGUUGAAAAAGAAACUAAACUACUGAGCAUUGUUCAAGAAGCUGAGGAGCUUAGAAGAAAGGAGAUUGCUUGUCUGAAGAAGAUUGAAGAGUUGUCAGCCAUGAAUGAGAGAUUGGUUGAUAAAGAAACCAAAUUGCAGAGCAGUAUUCAAGACAUUGAGGUGCUCAAAGAAAGGGAGGCUGAAUAUAUCAAGCAGAUCGAGGAGUUGUCAUUGUCGAAUGAAAGUUUAGUAGAGAAAGAAGCCAAACUGCAGACUGUUGUUCAUGAGAAUGAAGAGUUAAGAGAAAAGGAGUCUUCUUAUCAUAAGAAGAUUGAGGAGUUAUCAAAGAUAAAUGAAAUCUUUGCUGAUAGAGAAACCAAACUUCAGAGUUCCACUCAAGAAAAUGAAGAGCUUAGAGAAAGGGAGGUUGCUUAUCUUAAGAAAAUUGAAGAGUUAGCAAAGCUGCAAGAAAAUCUUCUUGGUAAAGAAAAUGAGCUGCAUGAUAUGGUCCUUGAGAUUGAGGACCUUAAAGCCAAGGACUCUCUAGCUGAAAAGAAGAUUGAAGAGCUAUCAAGUCUAAAUAAAAGCUUGCUCGUGAAAGAAAGUGAGUUACAAGAUGUUGUAUGCGAAAAUGAGGAGCUCAAAUCCAAAGAGGCUUUAUCGCUUAAGACAACAGAGGAAUUGUCUGAUGUUAAACAAACUUUGGUUGAUAAAGAAAACGAGCUAAAGACCGCAGUUCUUGAGAAUGAGAUGCUCAAGGCCCAAGCUGCAUCACUUCUUCAGAAGAUUGAAGAGUUGACAAAUCUUAAACAGAGUUUACUUGAUAGAGAAAAUCAAGAUCUUAAGGUACGGGAAGCUUCAGCGGCAAAGAAGACAGAUGAGUUGUCAAAGAUGAAGGAGAGUCUACUUGACAAAGAAACCGAGUUGCAGACCGUAAUUCAUGAUAACGAUGAGCUGAAGGCCAGAGAGGCUUCUGCGCUUAAGAAGAUCGAAGAGUUAUCAAAGUUGCUAGACAAAGCUGUUUCCACACAUGAGAAAGCGGAAGAAAACGGCAAGCUCAGUGACAUCGAUAAAGCUGUAGAAUUCUCAAAGGAAAAUGAUCCCAGGUGCAGAGAAGAGAUUACUAAUACCAAUCUUUCUGAUCACAGAACCGGAGAACAAAAAGUACAAGAAAGUCCAAUGGAAGCCAUUGAUAGACAUUUGAAAGAUGACACAACAAUUCAUUGGUUAGCUCACAACGUUCAAGUAAUAGGAAAAGAUAAAGACACCAUGGAAGGCGAAGACUACCAUUUAGAAAAGAGAGAAGCUUCUUCAGAGAGAGAGACAGAGCAUGACUUUGCUGAAGAGGAAGUUGACUCGAAAGCAGAAGGUAGUGAAAACUUCGACCAGUUAAGCAAUGGUUUGUCUUCAGCAGAACACACAGAAGAUCUGGUCUCAAAGGAUCAACAUCAGAAAAAGAAGAAGCCUUUGCUUCGAAAGUUUGGAAAUUUACUGAAAAAGAAGAGUUCAAGCAGCAAUAGCAAGAAAUAGAGAAAGAUCUAAUGUAUUUACUAGCAACUCUAUUGCAACAGAACAUUCUUUUCUUUCCCUUUUUGAACAUCUCAUCGUUCCUUGAA